AUGGAAAGCUCGUCGUUGAUCUUCGCGGGAAGUCGUUCAGGCCGUAGCACUAUUGUCACCGCUGUGUUCGUCAUCGCGCUUACAGUGGGCGCCGUGGGCGUCACAGCGUUUGUCCUCUACACGGUGUUCGCAGGCUGGAACACCGGCGCGGGUCCCAGCCGGCACGGUGCAGCCAAAGCGCUGGUUGGCAAAGGAAGGACCAAGGCUCCCGUUUCCCCAAGAAACAAAGGCCCAUGCACUCCGCGCUGGUAUUCGGUCCUCGUAUCUGACCUAAACAGCACGUCAACAGCGGUAGAUGACGUCACCUUUACUAAUAGACUAAUUAACGACACCUCGUUGCGUAAUGACGGAGCAGAAAACGACGUUGUGCAGCCUGUUGGUCCGGCUCUUGACGAAUCCGAGCCGUCCUCUACCACAACCGAAAAGGGUACGGAGGCCGCCGACGCCGUCGUUUCUACGACAGCAGAAGGAGAGCCGUUUGCUCCGGAAAGUCGACAUGCGACGAAAUCAGGGCAGGACGAUGUCACCUCAGAACCCAACACCGAAUACGCGUCACGCGAGCAGGGCGACCGAGAUGACGACGACACUCGUCCACGUUCGCAAGUCGUCUCAUCUACCGCGACCGCCGCCGAAGAAGGCGACUUGGACAACCACAGAGAGGACGAGUUUGCACGCGAGACUGAUGCCGUGGAAGCGAACUUUAACGACGCGACGAGUGACACGUCAGCGCGCACAGAAGGCGUCAUUGACACAGUACCACGUGACCAGACGCGCGUCGUCUGGGAGCAAGGCACCAAUUACGAGCCCGCCGAGAGGGACAACGGAUCCCAGAGAGGCGACGAGCUUCCUUCUAGCGGCAAAGCACAAACCGAAGUUACGGCUGCCAUCCCUCGUGAUGUGGGCCACGAGAUUCAAGAAGAAGAGCCGGAUUACGAUUCCGAAACAUCUCCGGCCACAGAGGUGCGCGAUACACUCGAUUCAACCACGGAAGGUGUGGGCGAAUCGCCCAUCACCGUGGCUGUUUCGGACGUUGCAGCUCCUGAUGGAGAGGACGGCGUUGGAGAAGUGUCAAAACCUUUUAGCACAGAUCGAAGGUUUCCGGCGACCGUCUUUCCCGGAGAGGUUACCGACGCUCACUCGCGUGCCGGAGGUGCUGGUGAAACGGAACCACCGUACCCUAACGAGGACGUAACCGAACAAGGCAUUGACACUGCCGAUAUACAAGGCGCAGCUCGUGACAGCGCCGACAUUCGCGACGACGCGCAUACAGUGUCAACGCGAGUUACCACGUACCAAGUGGAUGACCCGACGGAGAGUGUACCUCAGGAUGUCCAAGCUCACAAAGGGAACCGAGUGACCGGUUUUCACGUGACGCCAAAGGGCGCGUCUAUAUACACACAGGGAGGCAGCGAAGCGGAGUCGUACAGGAACGACGCAAAUUCAGACGAGGAAAGCAGUUCCACAACGGCUGCGUUGGUAAUCACGUACGGCCCCACCGAAGACGUCGAAAUUUUUGCAAUUAGCGACGAAGACGAUGAAGAACUGGCAAAAAUUACGACGCAGCGUAGAGAGUUUAGUGGAACACCAAGACACAUUACCACCAAAGAUCAUUUUGGAGACAUUGAAUUUAUCGACACGGCAAGCGGAGCACCUUCGCAGAACCCGGAAGCCACCGAAGCGGGACAGCGCCGCCCUUACAGCACGUCGGAAGGAAACUGGGAUGAAACACUACUGGACCUUGAGAAUACCGUUGAAGUUGGCGAUGAGGACGCCACCACGGAUACUACGAGCAGAAAGAUGGCGCUGAUCACUAGAUACAAGAACGACGGUGGACCUUCCACCACCAGGGCAACUGUCGAAGAUAACGAUUUUGAUAAGACUGCCAGAGGGGCAUAUUCUUCUACCAAAGACUCAAGUGGAACCGAACCGCUCGGAACAAAUCCCACGACAGAUAAAAACACCGAGAAUACACCGACAGAGCCGCGCGGCAUCGAUGAAGGCGACGGCACAACUUACCUAAGCGACGAUAUGGACUGGUCUGAAUGGGCUGAGCUGUAUUACGAGGCGUUAAAACCAGCCAGCCAGCUUGGGUACAAGAAGAAGAAGGAGAAGAAGAAGCCCACUUUGCGGUGA